AAAUGGGAAGCAUUCAACCGGACAGAAUUCACAGAUUUUUCACUCUAAUUUUUGUAUAAACCAUUAAAAACUCGUUGGAAUCCAUUUUCGGUGUCCCAAUUUGUACAUCAUAUUUAUAUUUUCGAAUAUUUGUUUCUGAAAACUUAUUGAUAAAUAUUUCAAUACUUUUCCAGUACUUGAUUUAGAAUUGAAAGCGAAGACUAAUGAUGGAUUGGAAGACAGUAUUAUCAGGUUGCUUGCUGUUCCAAACCUACAUUUCAAUCAGUUUGGCAAGUUCCGACGAAAAUGGCAACUCCACGGAAAUAGACGCCAAUUCGACUGGAAGUCCUUUUAGCGACGCGGAGUUCAAAUCAGUGAAAGCGAUCGCAUUCGAGGUGUAUUAUUUGACAACUGAUACGCUGCGAACAUGCAAAGACGUGAAAGCAAUCAUCAUGAAAAUGGAAAACGAGGCUCAGGACGGAAGUGAAGAGGUGGCUUCGGACAGUCUGGCAGCCGAAGAGGAUUCAAUGUUCGCGUACGGUUACGUCAUGAUCCAAGUGAACAAACUGUAUGAUGUAAUCCAAUUAUGCAACGAAACCUUGGAAGAUUCCUUGUCGUUUGACAACAAUUCGCUCGAAGUCAAGGCUGACUCGUUAACAAAUUUGAUGAAAACUCAAAAUCCGAACAAAACUGAACUAGUUAGUUUAUUCGAGAGCAUAAAAAACGACACCGAGUUCUUUGACGUGACGAUUUCUGAUUGGUCCAACAGGUUGAUCGGGGCUGCUAUGAAUAUGAAAACUGCAGCCCGGGAUGCCUAUGAUAAAAUUCUAGAAGAUUUUGAGAGUGGAGAAGAUGCAAAACAUGACGCAAAAGACACCCUAAACAAGUUGAAAUAUUUCGCAAAUAAUGUCGUUUCACUAGCGGAGGAAAUUAAGGAUCAUAAGAAGGAUCUGUUCAAGUAUAUAGAUCCUUAUUUGGAAACAACGGCAAAUGGUAUCAAAAAUUACGAUCCCGAAGAACCACGAGUUGAAUUGGUCUAAUGACUGAAAACAUCGUAAUUGUCCCCGAAAUACCACUUUGAAUUCGAGAUCUCUUUAGCUACUCCCCCCCCCCCCGCUGGUUGACCAAAAAUGCUUGUCAAACAGUUUUCAUAUAUGGAGAAAUUCUUUUCAUACAAUUUCGUACAACUCCAUACGUACAUAAAAUCUCUGAAAUUUUCUACUGCUGAAGUUUUUUGCAGCAAGGUAAAAAUAGAUUAUCAUAAACUUUUCAUAUGUGAAAAUUGUCUGAGAAACAUUUUUUCCAUACACUCCGUGUAUGAAAUUGUAUGAUAACUAAUUUUCUUUUAUGGAGGUCAACCCGGUCCCCCUCUUUUGGUAAAGAAGCAAUGUUCGCUACUGAGUACAAAAUCAGCGUGUGCUUUACCCUUUAAACUUUUUUUAUAGGGAUGGUUGCAAGUAUUAGGUUCCAUAGGGGAAAGAUAGUUACUGAGAUCUCAAAUACGUCUCAAAAAUUGCAAGAAUCAUCAAUAGACUACACAGUUUGAACGUAUGUAAGCGCUAAAAAAGAAGUAUAAUAUGGAUUUUGGAAAUUUAAAAAAAUUUUGUAGUUGAAUGUCAGAUCUGGGUUAUGGGAAAUUCAAAAUCGAAUUUAAAAAAUAUAACAGAAUUCUAGUUCAAUUGUCCUGUUCUUGA